AUGCGGAUUGCAUGGGUCAAGAGAAGCAUAAAAACCAACGGGACUGAAGGCGAGGAAGAGAAAUCAAGUUCUGUUCGUUUGCAGCGGACAAGAAAUGAAGACCUUGUGGCGCCGGCUGCGGCGUUGCAGGUGGCGUCGUCUGCUGCGCUCGCGGCAACGGCGGCGUCCGCUGUGCGUGCUGCUGUGCAGGCACGGUCGGCAUCACCUCGUGGGUCCUUGGCUGGGCAGCUGGGCCUCCACCCGUGUGGCUCUGUACAGGCGGUUGUUGGCAGGGUGGUUGUUGCUGGUGGUCUUCCGGCUGCCGGCACCGGCCUUGUCCAAGGUGGAGGCGGCUUGCCGCAACAUGGUGGUGUGGCUCCGAUCCCGGCUGUGGCCGGUAGUGUCGGUGGUGUUGGCACCGGCACGGGCAUGGAGCCUGGGGACUUCCGUGGCGGCCACGAACGUGGUUACUGCGGUGGCUAUGGAGGGUACGGUGACGGUUACGGUGGUGGUUACGGUAGCGGCUUGGCGGGUACGGAGGCGGCUAUGGAGGGAAUGGUGGUGGAUAUGGUGCGAACGGCGGUUAUCAAGGCGGCGCUUUUGGUGGCGGAUACGGCGGCCGUUUUGGAGGCGGGUAUGGCGGUGGAGGUGUUCGUGGUCGCGGCUAUCGUCAUGAGCCGGAGCGCGGUCGCUUCCACAACCAUGGCCGUGGUUGGGGUCGCAGCCAUGGUAACCAGCGAGGCGCUGCAUCAACGACUGGCGGUGUAG